CGACAGUUGAUGUGUCAUUAUGAUUUGACAUUUGGUAAAAAUAAUGAAAAUUACCGAAUAAUAUGAUUUACUUUGAAACAAACAUUUUUGGACCUAAAAGCGUAAAAUCGUUAUGUUUUUAUUAAAACGGGCUGACUUCAAAUUUGUAUAUGCUUGUACACGAUUGUAUAGCUAUGGAAGGAGAUCUCAUUAUGACGUUUUAAAUUUGCGUAAGAAUUGUACAGAUAAGGAAAUAAAAGAUGCAUAUAUAAAGUUGAGCAAACAAUACCAUCCUGACAAGAAUAAGAACACUAAAGCGCAGGAACAGUUUGUUCAGGUGCAGGAAGCUUACAAUGUACUGAGCAAGCCUGGCAGCAGAGCUCAGUAUGAUAGUACAAUUGACAUAGAUGUCAACAGUGGCUAUGUAUAUAGAACACAUGUACCAUAUAAUAUACGUAGAAAUCCUUACUAUGGCUUCACUCAAGACACCAGCAAGGCUAGAACUGAAACAAAUUCCUACUAUGGAGUCAAAGGUGUCAAGAAGUUGCCAAACACAGCUAUCAUAGUACUAUGUUUUGGUAUAGCUAUUUUUGGUGUGCUGUUACAGUUUAUUGUCAUCAGAAAUUCGUACUUAAGUCGUCAUCGACAUAUACAAGAAAGAUCUAUGAUGUGUGGGGAUGAACUGGAGAAAGUGCGUGCGGCCGCGCAAGGGAAAUCAAAUGAGACACAGACGAGAAUAAUGUUAGAGAAAAUUGUAGCAGCGUCUAAUCCUUCUGCAGCCACAGCCUCCCUCGGACAGUCUCUAGCUAAUGACAAAAAGAACUCGAUGAAGAUUUGCAGUCGAUGUAAUAAUUUAAAAGAAAAUGGCAGCGAGUGCCUCGUGUGCGCACCCAAAGGUAGCGACAUCACUUACACUGAUGUCGUAAAGAAAAUAACCUCUUAUUUAUAUUGAAAAAAUAUAUUUAUUAUUCCGAAAACUGUGAUCUUAAGUAACAAGUAAAUAUGUAAAGUAACAAGACAAUAAAUUAUAAGUAACAGUA